AUGUUAGCGGUGGGUCAGAUGGACGGGUCCCGACAGAGCUUCCUCCUCAGCACCCCCCCUCUGGCGGCCCUGCACAGCAUGGCGGAGAUGAGCACCCCUCUGUACCCGGCCUACCCGCUCUCCUCCUCCGGGCCCAGCUCCACCUCCCCUAACCCGGGCGGCAUGGCGGGUCCGGGGCUGAAGGGCUCGGGUCCGGCCUCGGGGCUCGGAUCCCCGCAGCUCUGCUCCUCCGCCACCCCGCACGGGAUCAACGACAUCCUCAGCCGGUCCUCCUCCUCCUCCUCCUCCUCCUCCUCCUCCUCCUCCUCCUCCUCCUCCUCCUCCUCCCUCCUCUUCAGCAGCCCGCCGCCUCCCGGACUCUACUUCGGGCCCGUGUCCCGGUACCCGAAGCCUCUGACGGACCUGCCGGGCAGGACGCCCGUGUUCUGGCCCGGAGUGAUGCAGAACCCACACUGGAGGGCCGGGUUCUCCUGCAACCCCCACCACAGCUCGGUGCUGCUGGAUAAGGACGGGAAGAGGAAGCACACCCGGCCCACCUUCUCCGGCCAGCAGAUCUUCGCUCUGGAGAAAACCUUCGAACAGACCAAAUACCUGGCCGGACCCGAGAGAGCGCGGCUGGCUUAUUCUCUGGGGAUGACGGAGAGCCAGGUGAAGGUGUGGUUCCAGAACAGACGGACUAAGUGGAGGAAGAAGCACGCAGCGGAGAUGGCCACGGCCAAGAAGAAGCAGGACUCAGAGACGGAGCGUCUGAAGGGGACGUCGGACAACGAGGACGAGGACGAGGACUACAACAAACCUCUGGACCCGAACUCCGACGACGAGAAGAUCUCACAGCUGCUGAAGAAGCACAAGCCGGCCUCCGGCCUGCUGCUGCUCACCACGGACAACGACUCCUCAUAA